AUGGAACUGCUUCGCAAAACCUUGGAAGAGAAGGCUAAAAGAAGGCAGGAGGCUGAAGAGAAGAAGCAAAAGGCUCGAUUCCGGCGGGCGGUUGCCAACUUUAUGGAUGGUCCCUACAUGACUUUGAUUUCAGUGUGCUUGACUUUUUGGGCCCUUCUUGGGGACGACAUCCGCAUCCUCACCACAAACCGACCCGCUGACAUCGGGUUCAAUGUUACCACCAUUUUUUGCCUCUUCUUCUUUGCCUUGGAGGUCCUGCUCUCGUCGUUCUGCAAGCAGGAUUACUUCCUCGGCUUCUUCUUCGUCCUCGAUUGCGUUUCCACAGCUUCCCUUCUGCUGGAUCUCACAUGGGUUGCCGACUCCUUAGUUUCAGAUGACUUCGCAGUGGGCGACCAGGCACGCGGUGGGAGGACCGCACGCCUUGGAGCGUCAGUGGGCCGGGUUGUGCGAGUCAUCCGCCUCGUCCGCAUCGUGAAGUUGUACAAGGCGGCCUAUGAACGGAUUAUGGCCGAGGCCGCGAAAAACAGCGCUAGCUCGUCCGAGGCUGAGACGGCAGGAGAUGGCCACCUGAUGCACACAGCAGAUGACUGGGACAACCCGGACUACGAUGACCAGGAGCAGCGGAAGGCGUGUUCAUCAGGUCUCGUCUACGAUGCCCGUUUCAACAUGCUAUGCGAGAGUGCUGUUGGCAAAAAGCUAGUCGCACUCACCACCCGGCGAGUGAUCAUAUUGGCCCACGGCUUGGUGCUGGUUAUGCUCAUGUGUAUGCCAGUCUUCGUUGUAAGCAACUCGCACGGUGACCUGACGUCGGCGGCAUUCGGAGCCAGCAGCGUUUUCGACAGCUACAGGCACAUGAAGGAAGGCAUCGCGAACCGCUCUUUGUAUGAGGAGUCCAUCCUCAAGUAUUUCUACUACCAUAACUGGUUUGCCGGCCGUGCGGGCUGUGACGGAGACUCCUUCUGUCCCGCAGUUUUUCUCAGCCAUGUUUUUUGGGUAGGGUUUUCUGGCCGCGACAAGACGUACGAUGAGCUUCGGAACUACACCGCAGAGGCCAAGCUGCAGAAAGACGUUGUGGUCGCGUGGGAUACAGCCGUGGCAAAACAAGAUGUCGAUUAUGUCUAUGUCAUGGGCAGCUUUCCAGCACAGGCACAAGACUUGCUCAGUUCUGACUGGGACAUCGAGUGUCAGUUUGGUGGUUGGAACCACCUCGGCCAGUCCCUGCUCUCUACAUUGCUGGAGGACACAGUUUCCUAUGCUGUGAGGUGCCCUCAGGACCUUCGGCCUCAGGAGCGUUUCAGAAUCCAGCCUUCUUUGCUCACAGAGCAAGAAUUUGAUGACUGGCAUCUGGCCUUCUUCUUUGAUGCACGGUCGCCUGCUGAGAAGCCAUCGCAGCGAGCUUCGCAAUGGGAGAAGAAGGACACGGUGAGGGGAGAUGUGAAGGAGGGAGGUGGCUUCACCGCGGCAGCGUGGGCGGGGGCGGUGAGGGGUGGGACCCCGGGUGGCCUCGUCAUCUUCGACAGCAGCCAUUCCUGCACCGCUCGGUGUGGCGCACCGAGCGGCGAGGUGGAGGAGAAAACCUGGCAGAAGGGUGACCCCAACAGAGUUGCAGCAUGUCACGGCGAAGGAUUUGACCUCGCCAUGGAAACUGUAGCAUCAGAGCAGAACUCCAUUGCAGUAAUGUCUGGGAAGGCGAUGCUCAGCCGAAGGUUCUUGAGCCACAAAGUUGCGCUUGUGGCGGGGCACUUAGGAAUGAUAUGGAAAUCUGGCAGCAUGUCGCGAGUACGCAACUCUCACGAUGAUGCAAACGUUCUGGUAUUGCGUCCUGUGGAGCGCAUGAUCGAAAAGGUCAACUUGAUUCGCGACAACCCACUCGCUGCCAUGAAGAUGGCAGACGACGAGUUCAAGGGAGAAGAGAUCAAAAAGUUCAAGGCCAAUACCACAAGGGAGAAGCGAAGCAUCUGGCUGGAGAAGUACCACUUGUCUUGCUUGUCUCGAAUUCUCAACUGGUUCUCGACAGGAAGCACCUCUGGAGACGAUGCGAUGAUGGAGACUGCAGUGCUCGAGAAGACUAUUAUCAAGCUUGGCUCACUGCUCGCACUCGGCUUCGGAGAGGCCGGCGCCAGCAUUGUGGCUGACAACAUGCAGGGCCUCGACUCCGCAGGCGUGAAUGCAAUGGUCCCAGGCAGUCGUGUGGAUUGCAUCAUCGGGUCAGCCUGCAUCCGUGACUUCAGCACGGCCACGGAGGUUCUGCAGGGCAAGGUCAUGACGUUCGUCAACCAAAUUGCGGAGAUCGCCUGCCUGAGCUACGAACAGCAGACGCGGCUCGCCGACAUGGCAGUGGUGUCCUGUGUCAGGAUUUUGGGCUGCACCCAUACCAACAAAACCUUGGCAGAAUACCGCGGGCAUCCUGGUCUCAUCCAAAGACUUGGAGCUCACUGCAGAGUGAACUUGAGCUUUGGUCUUCACCGCGGUUGGGCAAUCGAGGGCGCUGUCGGCAGUGAGUUCAAGAUUGAUGCGUCGUACCUUUCACCGAACGUGAGCAUUGCGGAGACCUUGGAAUUCGCCACGAAGGUGUACCACGUCAGCAUUCUGGCUUCGCAAGAUUGCAUAACGUCGUGCUCCAAGGCAUUAGCACGACAGUGCAGACUCAUAGAUAAGGUCAACAUGAAGGGGUCGAAGACUCCUCUGAGCCUGUAUGUGUACGAUGUGGAGACUGAUCGAGUACCGGUGCAUGAGUACAGUACGGCGCUGGAGUGGAGUGUGCGGCAGCGCUUCAAAGCACGUCAGCUCUUCGAGGUGGAGAAGACGAAGAAAUUGACGAGCGAGGUCAACAUUGUUGAAGACUUUAUCAACGCUAGCGUCGAUGUUAAAGCUAUGCGAAAGCUCUACACCACUGAGUUCCUGCAGCUCUUCAACAUGGGGUACCAGAACUACUCAGAGGGUGAAUGGCGUGUUGCCCGACGUCUGCUGAAGGCAACACAGGACAUGCUCGGUUUCCAGGAUGGCCCCAGCACGGCUCUCUUAUCUUUCAUGGAGACGCCUUACCAAUUCGAGGCUCCUCCCAAAUGGACAGGUGUUCGAGACGUCCCUCUGUGA